AUGUGCGUCGUUGUUAAGUCAGGCCGAAGCGAUGUCGAAUGGAUGCAUGCUAAUGGCUCACCCGAUCUGCGAGCUGAAUUGAGACAAGUUAGGACUUGGUCCACGAUGAGUGAGUGUCGCGGCUGGCUAAACGAACCAACCCGGACGGCUCUGGUCUUCGAGCACUGUUCCCGGGGCUCCCUGCAGGAUGUGCUCAUCAUGGAUGAAAUCAAACUGGACUGGACGUUUCGGUUGAGUCUGCUGACGGAUCUGGUUCGGGGAAUGCGCUAUCUGCACGGGUCCCCGAUUCGGGUGCACGGUUCUCUAUCGUCCCGGAACUGUGUCGUUGAUGCCAGGUGGGUGCUCAAAAUCACCGACUACGGAAUGCUGAGCUUCUACGAGACCCAGGGCAUAACACCGCCACCAAAGAGUGCCAAAGAGCUGCUGUGGACCGCGCCGGAAGUUUUACGCAGCGACCGGAAGGGUGGCUCCAGCAGAGGAGUCGGAACUCAGCCGGCCGACGUUUAUUCGUUCGGCAUCGUCAUGCAGGAGGUCAUCGUCCGGGGAGAACCCUACUGUAUGCUGUCCCUGUCGCCGGAGGAAAUAAUUGCCAAAAUCAAAAAACCACCCCCGCUGAUACGGCCCUCGGUCUCGAAAGGUGCCGCCCCGCCGGAAGCCAUCAACAUCAUGCGCCAGUGCUGGGCCGAGAAUCCCGAAAUGAGACCGGAUUUCGUAACGAUCUGUGAACGUUUCAAGCAAUUAAAUCAUGGCCGGAAGGUGAAUUUCGUAGACACUAUGUUUCAAAUGUUGGAAAAGUACUCCAACAAUCUGGAGGAGCUGAUUCGGGAACGCACCGAACAGCUCGACAUGGAACGCAAAAAGACUGAACAACUGCUUAACCGGAUGCUACCCAGCUCUGUGGCCGAGCGUCUGAAACUUGGGCUGGCCGUGGAGCCGGAGGAAUUCUCGGAAGUGACUAUUUAUUUCAGCGACAUCGUUGGCUUCACGACGAUAGCCGCCCACUGCACCCCGGUCCAAGUGGUGGAUCUGCUGAACGAUUUGUAUACCUGCUUUGAUGCUACGAUAAACGCCUACAAUGUGUACAAGGUGGAAACCAUCGGGGAUGCCUAUAUGGUGGUCGGCGGCUUACCAGUAAGGACACCGGAUCACGCGGAACAGAUUGCCACCAUGGCCCUGGAUCUGUUGCAUCAGAGCAGCAACUUCAAAGUGCGCCAUCUGCCGGGAGUUCCACUGCAGUUGCGAAUAGGACUGCAUACGGGUCCCUGCUGUGCCGGAGUCGUCGGAUUAACGAUGCCCCGAUACUGUCUGUUUGGCGACACAGUCAACACGGCGUCCCGAAUGGAAUCAACAGGAUCAUCAUGGCGCAUCCACAUGUCGCAGCAAACGUGCAACUUGCUGGAGCAGGCCGGGGGCUACGUGAUUGACCCGCGAGGACCUAUCGAGAUCAAGGGCAAAGGUAAAAUGAACACCUACUGGCUGCUAGGGAAGAAAGGGUUCGACAAGGUGCUGCCCACGCCACCACCGAUUGGGGAAUCUCACGGUUUGGACUUAGCGAUCAUCCGCAAGUCGUUGUGCCAAUCGGAACAGAACAACGUCCAGGGCAAUCAGAAAGCAUCGAGCAGCCACAACGGAUCAACGGCGAACCAUUCAUCGAGCCACUCACCAUCAGUGACCGGAGAAUCCAUCGACGUCAAGGUAGAAAUCACGCCUCCCGUCGGCUCUAACGAUCCUCAUCUGAUCGCAUCCAUCUCGUUCGAUUCCAACUCGAGCAAUGCGAAUACAAGUUAUACUUUGAAUAUGGCGGACUUUCAACCUAAGACUCCUGUCCCAAGUCCUCAUUCACGUAAAAUGUCGGAGCUCGUUUCGGAGACGGCGUUCUUGAGUGCUAAUUCCAGCUUCAAUAGGUUGAACCCAUCUCCUCCGGGUACUUCUUCAACGAGGCUGUUUAAGAGGAUUGAGGAGCUGAUAGACUUAAGCUCUCCGUAUAACUACUACAAGUGUCUGAGCCCCAGUGAAAGCAAUUUGGCCCAAUGCCUUGAGAACCGAUAUCUGGGAGGUUAUCAGUUGAAUCGUAUGGACAGUUCCAGUAAACCCGGAUCGACUAGAUUUCUGAGGCGGCAGUUUAGUCUGGACAAGGACGAUGUUGGUCCUUCGAUGAGUCAGAAAGCUACCCUGGAUACCAUUUCCUCGAUAUCGGUCGAUCGGGAGCAGCUAGCUCGCAUGGGAACUCUCUCUUCGAUUCCGUCCAUCAGUUCGGCGACUUCCGUUUCGUUAGGUUCGAAACAGCAGCGGCUCGGCAUGACCAAGCAGCAAUCGGCCAGCGUAGCCCAAGAUCUGGAGAAGAUCGAAGAGAUUCCCAUUUCUCCACAGUCCUUCCUCAUGAACCACAACACGGCCUGUACAAAUAGUACUUCUAGUUUGCAAUCGGAGGCCCCACUGGAGAGUAUGCUUCCGCGGCCAAGAUCUGCGGCCACCGUUGAACCAGCUCCGUCUUCGACGACUAAUACGCUUCGCAAUGGUAAAGAGCUUUGUCUGAGUAUCGAAGGGCUCGGGUUGAGGUGAGCUCAGUUUCCCAGGGGGACCAGCAGCUUGGAACGGUAAUUAAGAUGGGUUUUCCUCAUUUUUUCAUCAGAAAAUUCGAGUUGGAAACGGAAAAUUAUGCUUUGGUAAUGAUCAAAUGGGUUCAAAGAUAGCCCUUCGAUACAUUGAGUUCAUCAAGAAAAAUCACAAACAGCAAAGCUGUUCCAAAAUAUUAUCAUUUUAUCAGAAGAAUAGGAAACAGGCAAAAGCUAAGCACCUCUGGAAAGUUAACUUAAGUAAGAGAAUAUUUAGAAAUCAUAUACCUACAUAUAUCUUCGAUAAUAAGCUGUGAAUUAGAAGGUAAGCGUUAGCGUUGCAUCAAUGGAACCCUUCUUUAGGUCCCUCAGCGAGGCACUGCUGAACUAGUGAUUAGUGAUGUGUAGCAGAUUGAAAUAUUUUAGUUUGAACUUUUCAUAUUAUAUGUUAUUAGAUCUUUUAAGACUGUAUACUAAACAUAAAAUGAAAUUAAACCAUCCUUAAUACCCAUUGUUUUUGAAUGUAUUCCAUAAGCAAUCUGACAAUCUAUUCGAGAAGAAGAUUUUCGUUGGAAAUUGUAAUACAGGGGAUAGAAUAAUGGUUGCAAUAUUUUAUCGAGCGUUUUUUUCUUCUUUCCAAAUGCGAUUGAAGAUGGAAACCGAUAGCAAGAAACUUGAUUGGAUGAUUGCAAAUAUGUCUGAUUUUAUAUAUUUCAAUGCAUUGAAUAAAAUCAAAUGGAUUUUAAUUAAUUUAAAUGGAUUUAAAUGCAUUCGAAUUCAUUCACUUGAAUGAAUUUAAAUUUGUAUGAUUUGAGUCUAUUUAAUCGAAAUCAAAGCAAUUAUUUGUUGUAUCAAAUGUAUUUAAAGAUUUUUUAAUAAUUUUAAAUGAAUCACAAUGAAUUUCAAUGAACGAAAAUAAUUUUAAUUAGCAAUAUUUUUUUAACUUGAAUGAAUUGUAAUAAAUUUAACAAAACGAAA